GCUCCUUUUGCAAGCUAAGCUCUGAACUGUUCCUCCUCUUAUUUCUUUCCUUAUUUUAAUACAAUACCACGUUGAUUCCCCUGUUUAUUAAUGGCCAAGAGGGAGAGGAGAGAGAGAGAGAGACAGAGCAAGCCUUUGUUUUGUGCAGAUCUUCUCUCCAGUUCCCUUAAUUAGUUACCGUUAAUUUGUCCUCUCUUCUCUUCUUCUUCUUCCUUUCUUCUAAUGGAAGAGGAAGAGGAGGAGAGGUGGAGGGAGAGAGGAAGAGUAGUGGAUGCUUUUGUCUUCUUUGCUUAAGAGAGAAGAGAUAGAGAGAGAGAAAGAGUAGAGAUAGAAAGAGAGGGACAUGGCGAGUGGAGGGAACAGUCCGCAGUAUUAUAGGUCGAGGUUUGGGGACACGACUUUGACGAAGGUGUUUGUGGGAGGAUUGGCGUGGGAGACUCCGACGGAGGAACUUCGCCGUUAUUUUGAGCCCUACGGAGAGAUUUUGGAGGCCGUUAUAAUAACCGAUAAGAACACCGGCAGAUCAAAGGGCUAUGGAUUUGU